AUGGAGGAGGGAAGAAGGGAUGCAGUGAGUGAAAUGGAUGCUGACACUCCAAGUUGCACUGUUGUCGACCUCUACGACAAGGAUAAAGUGUUGUUAGCGGACUGGUCUGCCGCCGGGCUGAACUCGCUUGCUCUCCGCCCCCAAAGGACAAGUGCGUUUCAGAGAUGUUCCGUUUCCGUUACUCGCGGCGGCUCCUGCCUCGAGCUGGCGCCCGAUCUAGUGUUCGAUGACGCGGAGUCGAAUAGCGCGGUGGUCAGGGCUGCUGAGGAGGACGCUGGUGUGCCGGUGAGCCCUAAAUCGACGGGUCUGGAUGCUUUGGUGCUGGGGACGCUCUUCGUGCUCUGGUUCGCGUUUCACGCUUACUUCAGUAUCUACAACAACAAGCAGCAUUGGUUGACGUUGAAUCUCCACAAAAGGCCCAAAAUCAGUUGGGCUCAACUUGUUGCAGUUCUCCCACUGGUGGUGGCGCAUACCUUAGGCAGCCUCUUUACAAAUAUGAGCCUCGGAAAAGUUGCCGUAUCAUUCACUCACACGAUCAAAGCUAAGGAGCCUCUCUUCUCUGUUAUCCUCUCGUUCUCUUUACUCUUUCCUCAGGAUUUGGUGCCCGACAACCUCGUCCUCAGGAUUCACGAUUCACGAAAUCGAUCGAGUGAACCCAAGACCGUAACAGAUUUGGUGCCCGACAACCUCGUCCUCAGGAUUCACGAUUCACGAAAUCGGUCGAGUGAACCAAAACGGGCCGGGCCUGCCAGAAACGGGUCGGUUCACGUUUGA